UGCGACUCAAAUCAUUCAAGAAAAAGUCAUAGCACAAUGAUGGAAUAUAAGUUAAUGUUAUUAGUUGGCUGUUUAGCUGGCAUAGUGUUGGCCAGAAGUGGAUAUACAUUAGAACCAAAGGGCGAUAAUUAUUUUCGAAAAGUAGACGACACUUUCCAGAGUGAACUUGAACUUAAAGUGAAAGUACAGGAUAUUAAAACCGAAUCAUGCUACAAUUCUUCUGAAGUGGAAUUGUACAGAAUUCCAUGGAAAGUUCAACUGUGCAAAGAUGUAAAAGAAGAUAGUGAAAAAUUAAAGGUCUCUUUACAGUCUGUAUUUGACGGUGAUUUAUCCAAGUCAUCAUCCAUUGUCAAUGGAAAAAUCCAAAUCGAACAUAAGGAAACAGGACAGGAAUCUUUAAAAAUGGAAUUAAACGAUGUUGAAUUUGAGAAAGCAAAUCUAGAAAUUUCUUUAUUUGAUGUAAAAUGGUCAGAUUUCACCGAUAAAUAUGUAAAGGAUGGUAUAGCAACGUUUAAAUUUUCAUUGUCUGUCAAGCGGCCAGUGCUGGUGCAAACUUUGGAACAUGUUUCAACAACAUUUCAGCUUCGAGUGUUUGAUGCUCUUAAUACUAAAGGUACAAAAUCGCCAAAUAUAGUACUUCGUGGAGUAAAAUGGUAUGUUUGGGCAGUUCCAUAUACCCAUGAUCAGGUGGAGAUGUUUUCAGUUUUUGUUGGUGGUAAUGCGAGUGACAUGGAUAUCAAUAGCACCUACAAUGUUAAAGCAACUAUCAAACUGUUGUCAAACGAAAAAGGUGGAAGCAAAGACAAAACAUAUAGUUUUGCUUACGAUUAUCACUGGAGAUCUUCGCUUUUUGGAGCAGUUAAUUUCAUCAAAAUGGAUGAUUUUAAGAACCCAGAAAAUAAAUUCAUUUUUGAGGAAAAUGCUUUACUUGAAAUAAAGUUGGCCGUGCAGGAGCCGAAGACUUUCCCGCAAUAACGAUGCGAAAAAACCUUAA